GGGUGGGGGGAUGAGGCCUUGCCCCUCCUGGAAGGCGCUUGGGGCCUUUCCAGGACGAGAGGACGUUCGUGUCAUUUUUGGAAAAAGGAACCGACCUGCCUUUGUCUUAUUAUGAGCACGAUCUUAGGGCCUCGUUUUGCCAGACCCUGUACCAGCACGGCACCAAAAGAUUGUCUGUGCUUGCAAAGGGCUGAAGGCCUGAAUCGAUUAACAGCCCUGCCUUUCAGUGUUGUUCUUGCCAGGGCUUCGAGUAGGGAGGUAGUGGUGAACCCCGAACAAGUAAAGAUACUUUUGUUUCGGGAAAUAAGGGUCAUUUGAAGCGUGCAGUGGAAGAUACAUAAUUAGGAAGCCACUGAGAAAUGUGUUCAUCGUCCUUGCAUACAUUGACAAGAAGUAGUUUCUCCUAACAGGACAGAUCAAUAGUCUCUAACCUUUUUAAGCACAAGAUCACUUUUUGAAUUAAAGUGCAACCCUAGGAUCUAACCUCCAGACCAGGCUGAUACCACCAUAGGUGGAGGGAGAAAACAUUAUUUGGGGGGAGCAAAGUGCGCGUAUGCACGCACGCACCCCACUAUGCCUUGCCCUGCCCAGCAGGGAGAAGUGCUGAUAUCAAGAUGAAAAACCAGAUACCUCUCAUUCUCCUAGCUUGUGGCUCCUUUAAUCCUAUCACAAACAUGCACAUGCGUUUAUUUGAGCUUGCCAGAGAUCACCUCCAUCAAACAGGAAGAUACCACGUGAUUGAAGGCAUAAUUUCUCCAGUCAGUGACAACUACAGAAAGAAAGGUCUAGCUUCUGCAAAGCACCGGAUAGCAAUGGCUCAGCUCGCAGUGGAGACAUCAGACUGGCUUCGAGUGGAUCCAUGGGAAAGUGAGCAGGAGACAUGGACAGAGACAGUAAAAGUGCUGAGGUACCAUUACAAUGAAUCCCUUGGGCCGCUUGAUUUCAGGAAGGGACUCAUGAGAAACAAUAGCCCCAUACAAAGAGCUAGUGAUGAUUCUCUUUCUUCGCAGCACACAGUUCUACCAGAGUUAAAGCUGCUUUGUGGAGCUGAUAUUUUGAAGACAUUUAAGACACCUAAUCUCUGGAAGGAGGAACAUAUUAAAGAAAUAGUAGAAACAUUUGGUCUGGUUUGCAUUAGCCGUGCUGGCUGUGAUCCGAUGCAGUACAUCAAUGAAUCAGAGCUUUUAAGGAGAUUCAAGCACAACAUCCACCUGGUCAGAGAAUGGAUUCAGAAUGAAAUCAGUGCCACACAGAUACGACAUGCAUUAUGCAAAGGACUAAGUGUGAAGUAUCUCAUUCCAGACUCUGUCAUUUCAUAUAUUAAACACCAUAAUAUCUACACAGAAGAGAGUGGGCAGAAAAAUGAUGGGGACUUGCUUCAACCUCUUAAACAGCACAAUGUGACAGUCGACACGCUAAAAGAUUGACAUCUGUUCCAUCAACAGGAAAGGAGAUGCUAAAGGAGUCAUUUUUUGCACAUGCAAAGUAGUUAUGAGGAGCUGUUGUGUUGUGGCUGUUGCAUUUCUUGAAAGCUUACAAUUUUAUAAAGAAAAAGUUCAAAUUAGAGAAGUUGUUUUGGAUCCAUGCUUUUCUAAGCUGUUAGGUACUAAGAAUUUCAGUUGAGUUAAUUCAUUAAAGAACAAGAUAAUGGUUGUUAUCUCACAUCAUUUGUGUUUUCAGAAUAAGUAUUAAAAUCUCCAGUAACAGCAAGGGUUUUCUGUGCUGACUAAAAUGGCUUCAGUGGCUGUGUUUAGUACUUUCUUCUACGGCAGUCUUCUCAUGCCAGGGACUGCUCAAAUGUGAAAGUGUCUCAGCUGUUCCCAGCAGUGAGAAUAAAAUUAGUCAUAUUUUUCAAUGAACUGUGCUAAAAAUAUACACGUUAUCACAACAUUUCUACUUCUCAGGAUCCUAUGUGACUUCAUUAACUAGUACUGCCCAAAAUAUGUGUGUGGAUUGACAAACUUGGAAAGAAAUCAGAAAUAAAGGCCAGGUUCAGGCAAGCAAUUAAUUCUAGUCCUGUGCAUAAGACAUUUAAGGGGAGUUUCCUGUAAUUCAUUAGAUCAGUCUGCAUUAGUUUGGUCCUCUGAUAUAACUUACAGCAGCCAGUUGAUAUGUCAGUCAGGAAUCAUGAGAUAUAGGCAAGUCCCCUAUGAUAGCAGAAGGGAGAGUGAUUGUGAACGUCUGUCUAGACACCCGCCUAUUCCUUCUGUUCUUGCUCAUUUUCCUUCCUACUGGGUUUCCCUGCAGAGAUCUCUCAAAGCUGCUCAAGCUUCAUAAUGCCAGCCAAGGUUUUGAAAGGUGGUUGAAAGGUGGUAUUAGUAAUGAAUGGGAAGUGGUAAAAGUUGUCUGCCACUUUGUCUACUAGUUUCCUAAACAUAGACUGAGUUGGAAAGACUCUCAAAUGUGUGCGUCGAGUAAGAAGUUGUUCAAAGGACUGUUUAUGCUAUUUUUGUCAUGCAGUUCAGUUUUUACAAUGAGAUUGUGCCAUGCUUUGGCUUUUAAAAUACAUCCUUCAUUCUAUUUUCUAUGUAUCACUCAGAAAUUACAAUAAAAGCAGAUGUUUCUGAAGAUC